AUGGGUAUCGAUCUCGACCACCACCACGUCCGUUCGGGCCACCGCAAGGCUCCCAAGUCGGACAACCCUUACACCGCUCUGCUGGUCAAGCUCUACAGAUUCUUGAGCCGUAAGGAGCCCCUUCCAGAAGACAGCCAUCGAAGCGACCACCCAUUCUGCACCGCCAGCAGCCGACUACGCAUGCAUUGA